AUGACAUCACUAAUAUGCAAGGUCCCUGUACCUCUCAUCGGGUUAAUGUGGGCUUUGCUGCUGGGCUUCCCAGGGAACGGGGACGGAUUAACUGACUGGACUAGGGAUAUUCACUACUGGAGAUGGAGAUUGACUGGUCCGUGGCAUGGACAACAUAUCCGGGUCGCUGCAUUUAACAUCAAGUCGUUCGGCAGAUCCAAGAUGAAGAAGCCGGAAGUUGCCAACAUUAUAAAACAGAUUGUUCUAGAGUAUGACAUCAUCCUUAUCCAGGAAAUUCGGGACCGUCGAGGCAAGGCUCUCCGCAAAUUGCACAAUCUGAUCAAUAUGACAGCUCCGUAUGGACUGGUGAAAAGUAGGCGUGUCGGGACAUCAUCAUAUAAAGAACAAUACGCCUUCUUUUACAGACCAGAUAAACUGACCGUGCUUAAAUCCUACAUAUACCGCGAUAGUAACAAUGAGUUUGAGAGGGAUCCGUUCAGUGUGCUUGUAAAGCCGAACAACACAGACCCAGGGGCAGUGUUCGCUGUUAUUGGCAUCCACACAAAACCCAUGAACGCCGUGACAGAGAUAAAACAUCUUUAUAACGUGUAUGAGGAUUUACUGAAAAGAUGGAACGUAUCUAAUGUUAUGGUUAUUGGAGACAUGAAUGCUGAUUGUUCCUACGCGAGUAUUGCGCAACUGCGGGAAUUACCUAUCUACAUGACCGGCCGCUUCCGAUGGUUAAUAAACAACGACGCUGAUACGACAACAUCUAAGACAAAUUGUGCUUACGACAGACUUCUGUACACUGGCCGACGGUUGACCUACGCGGUUCUGCCCUGGACUGCUGGACCCUAUCUGUUUGACCAACGAUAUGGACUGACCAAUAAUCAGACGAAAGCUGUAAGUGACCAUUAUCCUGUCCAUGUAGAUCUGAUGUUUUGA